AUGAAGCUACCGAUUUCGUUAGUGCUUCUAGCACUGAUGGUACAUAAUGCAUAUCAACAAGUACUCAACUGUUAUGUGCCCGCCGAUAUUAUGAUUCUUAUUGAUGGAUCCGACAGCAUACAGGACCAGAACUGGAGAGAAAUAAAGAACUUCGUGAGUCAACUUGUGGCUAAUUUCGACAUUGGCAGAGACGCGAUUCACGUUGGCUUUGUUGUUUACAGUUCCGAUGUCGGGGACCAUAUCGGUCUCCAACCUUAUAAACCGAAAAAUGUUUUGAGAACUUUGUCAGGAAUCUUACGACAACCCAAAGCAAGUACAAAUACGGCUAAGGGCAUACAGUAUGUGCGAAAUGAAUUUAAAACACGUGGGAGAGCUGGCGUUCCUAAAAUUCUCAUCGUCAUCACCGACGGAAGUUCUGAUAAUCCAAGAGAAACAAGGACACAGGCCAAUUUGGCGAAGAUUGAAGGUACCCGAGUGAUUGCAGUUGGUAUCGGCCAAACAUUUAGAGAUGAAUUACGACAGAUUGCGUCUCGGCCUGAAAAGGUUUACACCGCUGCAUCGUUUGCCACUCUGCAGACCCUGGUGUUUGAGAUCCAAAAAAUGGUCUGUCAAGUAAUCACAACAACAACGACUACAACAACUGCAAUUCCUGUACCUACGAAACCUCCUGUGGUUAUACCUGUACCAACAGAUAGAAUCUGUGAUGUUCCCGGGGACAUUGUCUUUGUGAUGGACGGAUCGGAUAGUAUUGAUGAUGCCGAUUUCAUUCGUCAGAAACAGUUCGUUGCUAAUCUUAUCGAUAAUUUCGAGAUAAGUACAGAUGCCAUACACGUGGGUUUAGUAGUGUACAGUACAAUUAUAGGAGACACAGUCGGUUUACAACCUCCUAAAAACAAAGAACUCCUCAAAAUUCUCGCUAGAAAUUUACGACAUCCGAAAGUUGGAACGAACACAGCACUUGGUAUUGAGCGUGCACGUGAUAUGAUCAGAAAGGAAGGGCGUACGAUGGCCCCCAAACUUAUCGUUGUCAUCACUGAUGGUAGAUCAAGUUCACCUAAACUCACCGUCGCCCAGGCGAACAUGGCGAAGGUUGAAGGAAUCACCAUGGUAGCAGUUGGUGUCGGCACUCAAAUCUUUAGUGAUGAACUCAGUCAGAUCGCCAGUAGUAGCAGGAAAGUAUUCGAAGUAUCUGACUUCACCUCGCUGGAGCUGAUCAUCACUUCAAUGAGAAAUCUGCUUUGUCAAGCAAUUACCACGACUACCUCAACGACUACCACGACACAGAAACCGACAUACAUCCCACCACCAGACGACCUAUUCUGUACGGUACCUGCCGAUAUUGGCAUUCUCCUUGAUGGAUCCGACAGCAUUGCCGACGCCGACUGGAGUAAGCAGAAGCAUUUCGUCGCCAGUCUCAUUAACAAUCUCGACGUCGGCCGGGAUACGAUUCACGUCGGCGUCGUUGUCUUCAGUACAAUUAUCGGCGAGACAGUAGGUCUGACGCCAUUCAAACCGAAAGAAUUGUUAAUGAUUUUGUCGAACAACCUCAAACAACCAAAGGUCGGCACAAAUACUGCAUUGGGAAUUCAGCGCAUGCGCCAAAUGCUUGCAACUCAAGGUCGCGCAAACGCUCCAAAAGUGAUGAUCAUUAUCACUGACGGUAAAUCCUCGUCUCCCAAGAAGACUAUAAAUCAGGCAACCCUGGCUAAAAGAGAUGGAAUCACCGUCAUCGCUGUUGGUGUAGGAUCUCAAUUGUUCCGAGAAGAACUCAGCCAGAUCGCUACCAAUGACAGGAAACUAUUUACUGUGUCCGAUUUCCAGGGUCUACAGCAGAUCAUAGUGACACUGAGAAACUUGAUUUGUCAAGUCAUCACUACGACUACAACCACCCAGCUCGUGACCACGCCCAUACCGCCACCUGUCACCAUUCCUCCAUAUCCAGGAUGUGAGGUGCCAGCAGAGAUUGUUUUCAUGAUCCAUGGUUCUGAUGAUAUCAAGGAAGACAACUGGGGUUUGAAUCAGAAGUUCCUAAGCGGCCUUGUACGUAAUCUAUAUGUAACCAGAGGUGCUCACCAUAUUGGAAUGGUAGUGUACAGUAAAAGUGUUGGAGACCACAUGUCCCUGCAACCAUUCAAAGAGGUGUUUGAUGUCCAGAAUCACAUCAAUAGUUUUACUCACCCAAGGUCAGGUGCAAACACCGCUGCCGCCUUAGCCAAGAUGCGAGAAGCAUUUAACAAGAAUGCAAGAAGAGGAGCCCCCAAAAUAGGUGUUCUUAUAACUGACCAGACAUCUACAAGUCCAGCCGAGACAAAACACCAGGUUGAUAAGGCCAAAAAAGAAGGUGUCCAGUUUGUCACUCUUGGGAUUGGAACAAAGGUCAAUGUUGGCGAACUGGCAAACAUUGCUACAGACUCUGGCAAGCUCUUCAGAGCGAUGAAUUUCAACCGUCUCGACAGCAUGAUGAAUAGAGUUCGGGAUAAGAUAUGCGAAGCUGUGACUACGCCAGUGACAACACCGACUCCUCCUACAACCCCCACUCCAGCACCGGAUUUCCCAACAUUGUGUGCUGGGUGUCUCAUGAAUAGUGACUCCGGUUUCAACCCUUUCCCUGGUGACUGUACCAAAUAUGUCCAAUGCUGGAGGGAUAGUGGUCGGAUUAUGGGGUUGGUCAAGGACUGUCCAUACGGUCAGUUUUGGGACACUGAUGCCAUCACUUGUCGGCCUUCCAUGAAUGUGAUGUGUCCUCAAGAUCCUUGUAUCAAUGCCCCUGACGGAUUCACCUAUGGUAUGGCGGGUCACGGUUGUCGCUCUCACUGGGUGUGCGUCAAGGGAUAUAGUGUGGCUUCUUGCUGUCCCGAAGGGACUUACUAUCUUGAGGGAAUGGGCUGUAUGAGAGGCAUGGCCUGUAAAACACCCUGUCCACCAGAUGGCGGGCUCAUCAUAUCUCCUAACUGUGAAAAAGAGGUCCAUUGGGACGGCCGUUAUUACCUGGAAACUAUUCCUGGGAAAGGAAAGUUAGUGCGAAGGUGUGCUCCUGGAACCAUAUUUGACAAAGGCUACUGUACAUGUGUAAUCGCUACCUCCAACUACGUUCCAGUUACUCCUACCGACAAAUGUUUACAAUCCGUACACUUGAACUUCGACGUGAACAUGCUAGAUAAAUCUGGCAAACAGACACAAAUCAAUACUGUUGGUGUACGUAAGACGAAAUUCGGCACUGCCCACUUCGACGGGGCAUCAUUUAUCAAUCUCUGGAACUUGGGAAACAUCGAUUUCACUGACAAAUUUGCCCUUAAGUUCAAGUUUAAAUUCGACCGAUGGGAGAACCGCUUUGAUAUGGGUGGAUAUCCAGUUGAUGCCGGGUGGAAAGGAGACUUUUUAUGGAAAUGGGACAGCCAAAUGGGAUGGAACAGAAAUUUCACUGUCGGUGGGAGUUGGAAUGUUGUUAAUUUGAUGAACAUGUUCAAACGAAUGUUUGCUGCUACUUCCGAGAACGAGAUGGAAAUGAUGAUGGUUCAGAUCGCCGAAUCCGCGGACUUUCAGAUCCUUCUGUAUCAUCUUGGAUUUAUGCCACAGUCAACAAAUGCUAUUCAGAUCUUAAGGCAGUUAAUGUCUGGAAAUGGGGCCAUUUUUGUUCAGCAAAUACUACGACAAAUAGGAAAUAUGAAAGGAGGCAUGGAAAUCCGCCGCUUGCUGUUACAGUUACUGAGGGUGAGAGAAGUAGAUGACUGGAUGAAGAGUCAUAGUGGUGCUCAUGGCGACAUUACAAUGCAAAUCUGGAAGAAAUUUUUAUUGUCUCUGAAUCUCACUGACUCCCAAUGGGACAUUAGCGGAGGAUGGAACAACGGAAUGGAUGACCGCACUUUUGAUAUAAUAGCAGAUUUGUGGUUACAAUUUGUCAGAGAUUUCAGAAUGACAGGCCCAGAAUGGGACGGUAAACUGAAAUGGGCCCUAGGUAAGGACCGGCAGAAGGGAUCUUUAGAUAAACGUUGGAUUUUUGACAUUUUGUUCGCAACAAAAAACACCACUGUCAAAGAUUUAUGGCUGGACUACUUAACUAAAAGAAAUUAUAGCAUCGACUGGAUCAGUACCAAAUGGCAGAUUGGCGGAGGGUCAGGUGGAUCUGGUGGUAUCGGGGGUGGAAUAGGAGGCGGAAUUGGAGGCGGAAUAGGAGGCGGAAUUGGAGGCGGAAUAGGAGGUGGAAUAGGAGGCGGAAUUGGAGGUAGCGGCGGCAUGGAUCAGAGUCAUUGGAACGCCUGGUUAAGCUGGCUUACGGUCACUUACGGAAGUGGAGCAGGCAUGGGUGCAGGUCAGGGAGGUCAAGGAUGGGGACAAGGAGGCAGUCAUGGAUGGGGACAAGGAGGACAAGGAGGCGGUCAAGGAUGGGGACAAGGAGGAGGACAAGGAGGCGGUCAAGGAUGGGGACAAGGAGGAGGACAAGGAGGCGGUCAAGGAUGGGGACAAGGAGGUGGUCAAGGAGGCGGUCAAGGAUGGGGACAAGGAGGCGGUCAAUGGUGGGAUCAAGAAUGGGGAAAUGAAUGGGGACAAGGAGGUGGUCAAGGAGGACAAGGUGGCGGACAAGGAGUAGGUCAAGGAUGGGGACAAGGAGGCAGUCAAGGAUGGGGACAAGGAGGACAAGGAGGCGGUCAAGGAUGGGGACAAGGAGGUGGUCAAGGAUGGGGACAAGGAGGAGGACAAGGAGGCGGUCAAGGAUGGGGACAAGGAGGACAAGGAGGCGGUCAAGGAGGAGGACAAGGAGGAGGACAAGGAGGCGGUCAAGGAUGGGGACAAGGAGGCGGUCAAGGAGGAGGACAAGGAGGCGGUCAAGGAUGGGGCAAGGGAAGCUUCACCUUUGAUAGUUUCUUCCAUUGGUUACUAGGGAGCGGUUCUUUCGGGGCCGACUUUUCAUUUGUAGGAGGAUCUGGUACAAGUACAGGAGGUCAAGGACAAGGCAACAACAAUGGUCUUAUCAUCGCUGACGAUACAGGCUUUAAUAUCGGAUUCGGACAAGGAGGAUAUGGUACAAGUAAAGGAGGUCAAGGUCAAGGUCAAGGCAACAACAAUGGUCAUUUCAUCGUUGAUGACACAGGCUUCAACACUGGAUUUGGACAAGGUAAUGGUGGAGCUGGGUCACACGAUGAUUGGAUGUUGCGUGUUGACGGUGGUUCUCAAAAUGGUGGGAGUGGUGGGUUUUUCGGAACUAAUGACUAUUGGAACAGCGGAACCGGAAAGGACUCUUGGUUCUUUGGCGGAAGCGCAAGCGGAAAUGGAAAUGUUGACUCACAAGGAGGUACUAAGAGCGGCAUUUGGGGUGGCGCUGGCGGUAGUGCAGGCUCAUGGGGCGGCAAUGUAGGACAAGACGGUUCCUCUAACGGUUGGCAAGGACAAGGACAAUUUGGUUCACAAGGUGGUUUUGGUAGUGGGUCACAAUGGGGCGUAGAUUUUGGCAAACAAAAUCAGGGCGGUUUCCAAGGUGGGUUUAAUGGAGCUGCAAAUGGACAAGGUGUUUUCGGUGAACAGUGGAAAGAUACUUCUAAGACUGGAUUUGAUGUUUGGGGUAAUGGACAUGGCCAAGGUGGGCUCAAUGGUGCUACGUUCGGAAUGGAUAAUGGCGCUACAGGAAAUGUUGGACAAGGUCAAAUAAGGACUGGAACUGGAGAACAAUGGGGAAUAACGGCCGGCAGACAAGGUGGAAAAGGAUUUGGUGGACAAGGAGGUUCUCAAGGAGGUACGGGUGGUGUCGCGAAUGGUGGUGGUGAACAAGUGGGAAAGGAUGGUUUAGGUGUAUAUGGCCAAGUUAACAAUGAGGCUUGGUCUAAAGGAAACAACAAUGGUAAAUGGGACAUGCAAAGGGUUUCGAGUGGACAAUGGGAUACGAAGGGUAGGGAGGUGAAAGAAGGUGGGUUUUGGUCCACUUCCUCAGGUGGCAAUGGCAUCAGUGAAACUAGAGGUAUGGCUGAAGGGGGUGCUUGGCAAAAGGGUUUUGGAAAAGACAAUUCUGGAAAUUUAGGCGGAGGCGCUGCUACACAAAAUGUCUUCGGUCAAGGUGGAGGGGGAAUGACUGAAGGGAGUUCUUGGCAAAACAGUUUUGGACAAAGCGGUAUUGGAGGUUUAGCUGGAGGUAUUGCUUCACAAAAUGUUUUCGGACAAGGUGCUGGAGGUUUAACAGAAGGGGGUGUUUGGCAAAAUAUCAAUGAACAAGGUGGUGCUGGAGGUUUUGCCGGAACUACCGCUACACAAAAGGAUUUAGGACAAGGUGCUAUAGGUUCUAGCGGAGGUAUCGCUGCCCAAAAUGUCUUCGGACAAAAUAGUGCUGUAGGGUCAGUAGGAGGUGUUGUUGCACAAGAUGUCUUCGGACAAGGUGCUGGAGGUUUGGCCGAAGGAGGUGCUUGGCAGAAUAUCUUUAGACAAGAUGGCACUGUAGGGUCUGCCACAGGUACAGCUACACAAAACGUCUUAGGACAAGGUGCUGGAGGUUUGGCCGAAGGAGGUGCUUGGCAGAAUAUCUUUAGACAAGAUGGUACUGUAGGGUCUUCCGCAGGUACUGCUACACAAAACGUCUUCGGACAAGGUGCUGGAGGUUUGGCCGAAGGAGGUGCUUGGCAGAAUAUCUUUAGACAAGAUGGUACUGUAGGGUCUUCCGCAGGUACUGCUACACAAAACGUCUUCGGACAAGGUGCUGGAGGUUUAGGUUUUGGUGAAACUGCUCGUCAGAUAAACUAUCAACAAAGCGAUGUCGGAGGAAUCGAUGCCAGAUUUGGGGCAAAUAUAGGAUAUGUUGAUGAGAAAGUAGGGUCGGGUAAUAACCCAUCGCAAGUUGAUGCGAAUCGUAGUAAUAUCGAUGGCAGUUGGAACGUGCAAGGAAUAAGUGCCAAAGAUACCAAUAGAAAACAAGGUAGGGAUAGUAUAUCAGCACUUAGAGCGAAUAGCAAGCAAGGCAGCGCGCACAGCAGCGGUGGUAGUGGCGGAAGCAUGUCGGUUGCUUUAGGGGUCAGUGGAAAUGGCAGAAAUUAUCGAAAUACUCAGUCAGAGAUUAAGAAUAUUAAGCGUUACUGGUGCAUUUGGGGUUUUGACCAGGGUGUCUCUGGAUUUGGUGGUUCCUUCGGUCUCGGUGGUGCCGGAAACAGUGGAGAAGUGGAAGUUGGAGACAUCAAUUCAAUCUUGAACAACUUAGGCGGAGCAGUCGGAUCACAGAGUGAUUCCUCUUCUUCUUCCUCUUCUCAAGAGAGUGGGGAAAUGCAAAUUGGAGGAGGAAGCUCAGCUGGCGGAAGUUCAACUGGAGGUGGCAGUUCAUCUGGUGGCAGUUCAACUGGAGGUGGAUUUUCAUCAGGUGGCAGUUCAACUGGAGGUUGGGGUUCCACUGGAGGUGGAAGUUCAGUCUCAUCAAGUAAACAGUCUUCGUCGCAAAGUUCCUCACAAGAAAGUGCUCAAACAAGUCAAGCUGGUGGAAAUCAAUGGACUUAUGGCCAUAACCGUCUGCAAUUUCCAUUCGAGUUUGAUGGACUGGAUUUCCCCGAUGUUUUCAGAAGAAAACGGGCUGCCCCUAACAGCGACAUUUUCCAAUAUCAGACUCUGCUUACUAACUGCCAAUCUAAUGGUCAAGGCGCUUCAGUCGAAAUUAAGGCUAACGAGAGAACUAUCAAUUUCGGCAUGAUGACUGAGGGCAGAAACACGAUGAAGAAAAUGAAAUUUAACAUUGUUCCUGGAUGGAACGAAGUCACGAUGACUUAUGAUGGCAAAAAACUUAUGGGUAAGAUCCAGAACUGGCGAGGAGUCCAGGAAAAGAGCGUUCCUCUAUCAGGAAACAUCCAGAAACGGCAAGGGUUCAAGAUCGGUGGUGCAUGUGGUGCUGCUGCAAGCUUCAAAGGACAGAUGGACGAUGUAAGCAUUCAUAAAAUCAACCUGUACAAACUCAGCUCAUUCUACUAUACAACUGUCUCCCGUCGAAAUUCAAGCAAGGACCACGUGGGAAGCAGUGAUGAUUAG